AUGUCUGUUGUUUUAUCGGACGGAGAAGAUGCCAACCAUAAGAGUAAUGAGGAUGACGCAGAUUCCACUGUCACAGGUAAUAACACUGGAAAUCAUAUGGCAAGAACGGGCAAAAGGUGGUCUGGUAGUAGUUCAAGGAGGCCUCAGUUGAAGGGUUUAGGUUCUGAUAAUGUUCACGAAAAUGUUGCUACCGGAGAUCAUAUAUUUCCUGGACAACUAUAUUCUACGGAAUCAGGAAGACUUUUCCAUGCUGGUAAAAUUAUUAUUGUUUUAGUCGGUUUACCAGCAACUUCCAAAACGCUUCUCUCGGUAGCAAUUACGAGGUAUACCAAAUGGUUAGGUGUAAAAACGAAAUCCUUCCAUGUAUCAGAAUACAGGAGAAGACAGGGGACUGAAGUUCCUGAUGACUAUUUUUCAGCACUUCCAACAACGAAAGAAGGCCUUGAAGUAAGGGGGAAAAUUUUCGGACUUGUGUUUGAUGAUAUGGUUAAUUUUUUUCAAGAAACUAAAGGGCAAUUAGCAAUCUAUGAUGCUCUCAAUAUUCGCCGCAGUGAAAGAAAAGAGUUGGAAACGAAAUUUUCUGCCUUCAAUAUCAAAGUUUUAUUCAUCGAAUCAGUUCUGACAGAUGCCGAGCUAGUGAAUCGGAAUAUCAAGAUGGCGGCACAGUCUUUCGACUACCAAGGCGUUCCAAAGCAUCAGGCAAGAAACUCUUUCAUGCAAAGAUUAUUGGUGAAUAAGCCAUUAUAUGAGGAAAUUAUUCCAGAGGAGAACUUGAGCUAUGUGAAAUACAUCAAUUCCGGUCAGAGACUAAUUGUUAAUAACAACAGAUAUGGGUACCUUAUCAACAAGAUAGUGUUCUUUCUGAUGAACGUGCGAGACAAAAGAGGGUGCGUGUAUUUUGCUCGUUGCGGAACUAGUGACAACGACAGAUAUAUCGACGAUGAAGUUCUGAAUAAAGAAGGAAGGCGCUAUUCAAAAAUUUUAACAGAAGCUGUUCUGGACAGAAUAAACUCCAAAAGAUUAUCUCGCAACGGAACUCCGACAUUCGCAUCAAAGGCUUCAACUCCGACACCAGAAGGCUUGGUCAUGAAUGAAAGCUCUGGUUUAAUUCCCACCGUUACCACGUUACAAAGAACACUGUCCCGGGGAAACCAUAAAGUGAGACAAAUCCAAUCUUGGGACGGUGCUGAUGACGACUCCUUUGUUGUUUGGACUGCGCCAAGAAAAAGAACCUAUGAUACUGCCAAAUAUUUCCUGGAGAAAGGAAUUGCAGUUCGACAAAGGUUCCAACUGCAACAGCUGCACCCCGGAGUUGUUGCAGACCUUACGGAGGAAGAGAUAAAAGCGCAGUAUCCAAAGGAGUAUAGCGAAUAUAUCAAGGACAAAUACCACUACCGCUUCCCCAGGGCCGAAUCUUACCAUGAUUUGGCCGUUAGAAUGGAACCUUUACUGUUGGAGAUUGAACGCAUGUGUGGCGAUGUGCUGAUCAUCGGCCAUGAGUCCACGUUAAAGGUGCUGUACGGCUAUUUGAUGGCAUGCACCUGCGAAGAAUUGCCGAGCCUAGAAUUCCCAAGAGAUGAAAUAGUCGAAAUUUCAUUUAGUCCCUUUCAGAACAAAGCUGAAAGGCUACCCCUAACUACUGCAUGA